UUCCCCUUUAAUCGGGGAGGGGCGGGCUGGGCCCCGCCCCGGCGUCACGUGACGGCCUCCCGGAAGUGCGGCGCCCACGUGGGCGGAGGAUGCCGGAGCCGGAGCUGCGCGUGAACGCGGCGUUCGCGGCGCGCUACGGCCGGUACCGGCGGCGCGAGGAGCUGCAGCGGCUGCAGGACCGUUAUGGGGACGACGGCGGCGGCGGCAGCAGCGGCUCCAGCUCCGAAUCGGACUCCAGUGGGGACGAUGUGGACCUCGACCCGCGGCUGGAGAGGGAUUUCUACCGCACCCUGGCCCUGCUGAAGACCCGGGACCCCCGCAUCUACCAGAAAGAUGCCACCUUCUACAGCCAGGAAGCCUCCUCCGUGGAGAGCGACGCUGGGGAGCGGCCGGAGCGGCCGGAGAAGCCCAUGUUCCUGAAGGACUACGAGCGGAAGGUGAUGCUGGAGAAGGAGGGCAAAUACGUGGACGAGGAAGAUGAGGAGGACGAGGAGGCCGCGGCCAAGCGGAGGAAGCAAGUCGCUUCCAAGAGCUACGUGGAGGAGCAGAGGGAGCUCAAGGAGAGCUUUCGGGCCUUCGUGGCGGACAGCGAGGAGGAGGAGGAGGACGGGGGCGAGGGAGGCUCUGCCCUGCUCCGCCGCCGCAGCCAGACGGCGGAGGAGAAGGCCCACGAGGAGGAGGAUUACAUCCGCUGGCUGAAGGGGCAGGGGGAGGCCCCUGCGGAGCCGCUGCAGGACCUGGCGCCGCUGCAGCGGUACUGGAACGACCCGGCGCUGGACCCCGGCGAGCGCUUCCUGCGGGACUACGUCCUCAACCAGGGCUACCGCGAGGAGGAGGAGGAGGAGGAGGAGGAGGAGGAUGGCGGCGAGGGGGGCCCGGGCGACUCCUCGGACGAGGGCGAGCUCUUCCUGGAGAAGCAGGAGGCCUUCGAGCGCCGCUACAACUUCCGCUUCGAGGAGCCCGACGGCCAGCAGGUGAGGACGUAUCCCCGGAGCAUCGCCACGUCGGUGCGGCGCCGGGACGAGCGCCGCAAGGAGAAGCGGGAGCGCGUCCGGGAGAGGAAGAAGAAGGAGAAGCUCCGCAAGCGGGAGGAGCUGAAGCAGCUGAAGAACCUGAAGCGGGAGGAGAUCGCGGCGCGGCUCGCCCGGCUGCGCCAGGCCACCGGCAACGCCGCCGUCGGCUUCUCCGAGCGCCUCCUCGAGGACGACUUCGACCCGGCCCAGCACGACCGGCUCAUGGAGGAGUUCUUCGGCGACGACUACUAUGGCCGCGGGGAGGAGGAGAAGCCGCGGUUCGAGGAGGAGGAGGGUCUGGACGACGACUGGAACUGGGACACGUGGACCGGCCGGGACGAGGAGGAGGAGGAGGAGGAGGAAGAGGAGGCGGGAGGCAGCCGCCAGCCGCACUGCGAGGAUCCCGACUUUGUGAUGGACGCGGACUACGACCCCCAGGCCCCCCCCGGGAAGCGGCUGAGGAAGGAGGCGCCUUCGCUGGGGAAGAGGAGGCGGAAGACGCGGUUCAGGGAGGCCGUGGAGCGGGAGAAGCCGGCGUUCGACCCCGCGGCCGGCACCUUCGAGCAGUACCUGGACGAGUAUUACCGGCUCGACUACGAGGACCUGGUGGGCGACCUGCCCUGCCGCUUCAAGUACCGCAGCGUGGUGCCCUGCGACUUCGGCCUCACCACUGAGGAGAUCCUGGCAGCCGACGACAAGGAGCUGAACCGCUGGUGCUCCCUGCGCAAGACCUGCAUGUACCGCUCGGAGCGGGAGGAGCGGCAGGACCAGGCGAACUACAGCCGCCGGGCCCAGAACGCCUGGAAGAAGCAGCAGAUCCUGAAAUCCCUGUCGGCCGCCGCGGAGGAGCCGGCGCAGGCGCCUGCCGCCAAGGCCAAGGUGGGGAAGAAGCAGCGGGACAAGCGGCGGCGGCAGGAGGCGCCCGGAGCCGGAGCCGUGCCGGAGGCGCCGGCCGCGGAGCAGCCGCCGGCGCCCGCUGCUGCGGCGGAGGAGGAGAGGGGAGGAGCGGGCGGCGGGCGGCAAAGCCCCCCGCGCCUGAGCCGGCCCGGGCGCGCGCGGCCGGAGGCGUCCGGGCGUCCGCGCCGCGGUGCGGGGCCCCGGGGGCCGCCCGUGGCCUUCGUGAAGACGCACAAGACGGGCAGCAGCACCCUGCAGAACAUCCUCUUCCGGGCGGCCGAGCGCCGCAACCUGACGCUGGCUUUUCCCCGCUACACCUUCCAGUUCGCCUACCCGCAGCCCUUCUCGCCCGCCUUCGCCGAGCCGCCGCCGCCCGGCGCUGCUGGCUACGACCUGCUGCUCAGCCACCUCCGCCUGGAGCCCGCCGCCCUCCGCCGCCUCAUGCCGCCCGGCACCGUCUUCCUCACCAUCCUCCGCGACCCCGUCCGCACCUACCGCUCCGUCUUCCACUACUACUGCGGGUCCGUGCCCGCCUUCCAGCCCCUGCGCAACCGCAGCCGGCCGCUGGCCGCCUUCCUCCGCCGGCCCCGGCGCUACUACGACCCGCGGGAGCCGGGCAACGGGCUGGCCAGGAACCCCAUGGCCUUCGAUCUGGGGCUGGAGGCCGGCGGGGAUCCGUCCGGCUCCGGCGGCGCCUGGCAGCGGGAGCUGGAGCGGCUGAACCGGACCUUCGGGCUGGUGCUGAUCGCGGAGCGCUUCGAGGAGUCGCUGCUGCUGGCGCGGGAGCUGCUGGGGCUGCGGCUGGAGGAGCUGGCGUUCGUGCCCCUCAACGCCCGGCGGCCCGGGGACGAGGCGGCGCUGAGCCCCGGCGACGUGCGGCGCCUCCGGGCCUGGAACUGGCUGGACGUGCGGCUGUACCGCUUCUUCCGGGCCGUGCUGCGGGGCCGGGUGGAGCGCUACGGCCGCCGGCGCAUGAGCCGGGACCUGGGCGCCCUGUGCGCCCUGCUGCGGGACGCCCGCCGCCGCUGCCUGCGCGGGGGGCCCGUGGGGCCGGCGGAGACGCCCGACGAGCUGCGGCCCUGGCAGCCGGACGCCGCCGUGGUCCUGGGCUACCGGCUGCGCCCGGAGCUCGCCGGAGCCCAGCGCCGGCGCUGCCAGCGGAUGGUGUGGCCGGAGCUGCAGUACCACGCGUACCUCUACCGGCGGCAGUACGGCAGGGACAUGCCCGUGCCGCCCCCCGACUGA